GUCUCUUCUGUAUAUUUAUUUUACAUUUCAAUGCAAGUUUUUCGUGUAUCUUUAAAAAUUGAGCUCGAUAAAUUACCGUUGCAUCCGCACAGCAUGGCGAACGUGUGUCGUCAUUCGUGUUGGUCUCACGAGGCAUAGUCAGGUAUAGUUCGGCGUGGGAUCCCGACGAUUAAUGCGUUACUUGGUGACUGAAAUUAAUUUCGAUAUUUUGGAGUACUUCUGACUGAUGCGGUAACAUGCCUAGCGGAUAUGUACAUUCUGUGAAAGUCCCAAGACUUUAUAAAACCGCUGCUAGGAUCGUUCAAGACAUUCGCGAGAAGGGUGGCAACCUCAAGUCAAAGAUUUACGAUCAUAAGCAUCCUAAUGUGUCUGCGGUAUACUCCUUGUGCCUUAAUACAUUACAAAAAGAAGCACAGUUAAAUUAUCUCAUAAUCGAAACUGGUAUAUUAGCAAAAGAAUCUCGUUUGGACCCAUGGUUAGCAAAAAUUCUUAUAACAGAAUUGCUCUGGGGGAAAAAAGCUUUGAAUGCAAAAUGCAAGCCUGUUAAUACCAUACUUGGCUAUGAGGAACAGCUGCACAAAGCAUUGCAAAAUUGUAGCGACGUAGAAGUACUUCAACCGACACUAACAACAGUUCGUAAGGCGAGAUACGUUCGUGUCAACACUUUAUUGUUGUCGUUAGAAAAGGCAAUAUCAUACUUUCAAGACGAAGGAUGGACUCUUCUGCCAGAAUGUCCAGAUUAUACAGCUCAUUUAGAAGCCGUAAAAAAUUUAUCAAAGCCAAAGUUUAUUCAAGAUUUCCAUAUUCCAGAAUUACUUGUUUUCCCACACGAUACAUCUUUUCACAAUCAUUCCGGAUAUAAAAAAGGAGAAAUUAUUUUACAAGAUAAGGCCAGCUGCCUACCAACACAAUUGUUAAAUCCAGAAUCUGGAUCUGUAGUACUAGAUAUGUGUGCAGCUCCAGGAAUGAAGACAACACACUUGGCUGCACUUCUAGAGAAUAACGGAAAAAUUUAUGCGGUAGAGAGAAACGAACGAAGAUACGAGACUUUAUGCGAUCAAGUACGAUUAACAAGCUCCAGUUGUGUAGAAACUAUUCAUAGAGACGCGUUGACAAUCAACUCAGACGAUUAUCCCGACGUGGAAUAUAUCCUCGUCGAUCCAUCUUGUUCUGGUUCAGGUAUGUUGGACAGACAGUUGAUGAACGGAGACGAGAAAGUAGUGCCGCAUCGUCUCAAGCAAUUACAGUCGUUUCAAGUGUUUCUCUUGCGACAUGCACUUCUUAAUUUCCCGAAUGUAAAAAGAGUUGUUUACAGUACUUGCUCCGUAAAUGCAGAAGAAAACGAGCAAGUAAUAGAUGAAAUUCUCGAAAAUGUCAAAGACGCUUACACGCUUGUAUCCAUUAAGGAUAUGUUUUUAAAAAAUUGGAAGAAUUACAGUUCUACGGAAUACAAAUGUUCCGACAAGUGCCUGUACGCUAAGUCUGACGUAGACUUGUGCAACGGUUUCUUCGUCGCGGUAUUUGAACGGAACUUUGACGUACCUUUGCCUUUCUAUGCCAAACGUAAAAGAAGCGAAGAAUCGACGAACCUACAAUUGGGAGGGAACGACGAAUCUAAUGUCGAGGAAGAAGGUGCAUUACGGAAACGGAAGAAGCGUGGAAAAAGGAGAAGCACGAAUCAAAUCGAAAAUAUUUCAACGCGAGAGAGCGUUCUGAAUGCUUCCUCCGACUCGAUUAAGAUUAUCGACGAGAUCAAAAAGAGUCGUUCGGAGAACAACGACGAACCGCCGGUAAAAAAUACGUGGAAGAGAUAUAUUCCCAAGAAUAAGAGACAAACAGACGAUGGAAUGCGAAUGGCUAAUCGGAAGAAAGGUAGAACGCAAUGGAAGAAGAAGCAGUAAGAAACAGAAAUCGUUUGGUCGCGUUUUUUGUCGUUUUUAUGAAAAUUGUAUCGUACCUUUUUGUAUCGAAUUAACCGAAGUAACGAAUAUACUGUCUUGUACUUGAUCCUUA